CAUGCUCAUGCAUGGAAAACAAUGUUAGAUGUAUGUGCAAAACCGAAUAGAAAUAUCCGAAAGUUCCGUAGAAUCGCAAAUGGUGAAUGUACACUACAUGCAUCGACUAACGAUUAGCGAUGCUUGAUAGCAAAUCGAUACAGACUGAUAUUCAAACGGAUGUGGCUCGUGUGCCUGUAGCUUAUUUAAAUGAAAAAGCACCGAAAAAGUUGUGGGAGAAGAAACAACGCGACAGGUACACCUAUCAUUGCAGGUGCGUCAUCUGUGCAAAGUCCAGUAGUUAGAUUACCAGGCCCAGAUAAUGAGGAAGACCAAUCUCGUACAAGAUCUAUAUCGGAGAAUCAGCGUGAACAGUACUUUCACCUUUUAUCUUUGCCGAGAAUCGUAUCGUAGGCUUCGAGAGCU